AUGAACAUAAAUCAUGUCAAUGGGUACACUCGGGUUCUUGGGAAGUGUACUACUGACCUUUUAAACCGAGUCGCAAUCACAUGUGGGUUCCAAGUUCAAAAGAAAAAAAAUGAAAGAAUUCAAUCCAUUAUAACAGGUCUCACCUUAUCUUCUUCCCUUCCAGAUAAAUUCCAAGUUGUAGGGGUUGAUAUCGGACUUAAAAACUUUGCAUUUUGUAAACUUGAAGUUGAUAGAACCUCAAGUAAACCUCCCAUCAUCACUCAAUGGAAAAAAUUCGACUUACAUAAAGUUUAUUUAAACUCAUACGAACCAAUACUCAAGAGUCCCAUUGAGUAUGAUCGUGAUACCAUCCUUGAAGACAAUUUAAUGGAUUCAACGCGGUAUCUAAGCUAUUUAUCAAGAAGGGUUCUAACUGACCAUUUGUUCAAUGAUCCGAAUAUUCCUACAUUUGCAGUGGUUGAACAUCAACGUACAAGAUCAAACAUCAUGCCUGCCACAUUACCCAACGUUUUAAGGAAUUGUCUUUUGGAAAAUAUGCUUUAUUCUUCGUUUUAUACCAUGCAAAGCAUGAGUCCGAAAAAUUCCAUCCUUAAAAAUUCAUUCAUAACUCCAGUGUAUUCUAAUAGUAUGGCACAUUUUUGGAUACAUCGAUAUUUAUCAGAAUUAAAUAUUGAUAAAAAGAUUCUAACAAAGGAUGUUAAAUCGUUGAGAAUAAAAUUGGCAUAUAAUUGGAUAAAUCGUGCCAUUGAAUGCAAUCUUCGUAAGAAUCUGUUGACCCUUCUGCCCUUUCGGUUCAAUCUGGACACUACCAAGAUCAUUAAUUUGGAUCAAGACUUGGCUAAAAAGACAUUUAAACAAGUACAUUAUAAACCGAAAAAAUUACAAAAGAUUUUAAAUCUUGAUGAUGAUAUCAUUACAAAUUUUAAAAUGGAUGAUUUGAUAGAUUCUUUACUUCAUGCUCUAGCAUGUGUGAAACGGUUUGAAAAUCAAAAAAGAUUAGUAGAAACGUUAGAAUUAUGUAUGAACGACAUAGAUCUGUCAAAAAGACUUAUUCUUGAGUUUAUAGAAUCUAGUAAGAAGGACCAAUUAGAGCUAAUGAGGGAUUUAAUGGAAGAAACUACCCAAGCGGCAAUGAAACGCUCCAAGAACGCAACUUCUGUCUCCACCACCACCACUACAACUACUACUAACAAUACUACGACUUCCUCUUCUUCUUCUUCUUCUUCUUCUACACUUGAUGCUAUGAAACCAACAUCUAAGAUGGUUUCUGUGCAAGUUUAG